CCAUCCCAAACUUAGUGUUAUUGUUUAUUUAGUUUAUUGUUAUUAACAUUUAUCACUCAUAUGUAAGAUCCCAAAGCAGAAGAUGGCACUUUUAUAUUAUGUGUAUUAAAAAUACUCAAGAUUAUUAGAAUUAGGAGUUCACAAAUUUUUUAUUUAAUUUAAGACCUCUGGCUUUUCCUGCCAACACAAACUAUGACUGAUGAGAGAAACUUUCGGUCUUCGUAUUAUGAAAAAGUCGGCUGUCGCGGUGUUGAAGAAAAGAAAUCUCUGGAAAUACUCAUGAAAGAGAAGCCAUGGGACAGAGUCAAACUCAAACAGUUCUGUUUGCGAUUCACAGUACCUGCUGCAUACAGAAAUCUCGUGUGGAAAGUUCUCUUGGAUAUUCUACCAGUGUAUACAGAUUCUCAUGAGUAUGUAAUGGAACAGAGAACAGAUCAGUAUAAUGACCUCCUGUAUGCUGCCGAGAUGUUGGAUCGGGUCAGUAAGACUACACCACGGAGUGAGGUCCUUCUUGCCAUGUGGCUAUUAGAGUUAGAGGAGAGAAAGCCACCUAACUUUCCUGACAGUAAUAUUUGUUCAGCUAAUACAUUUAUCCCAAUAGCAAAUUCAUUGUACAAGUUAUGUGAUAGCGAAGUGGAUGUAUACUGGAUAUGCAAGAGGCUGACAGAGAUUGUAAAGAGCAUGCAGAAGGACCUGCCCAAACUACGAGAAGCUUUUCAAACAAUGUUAGAGAAGGAAGAUGCAGACUUGUACAACCACCUGUUAGAUAUAAAAGCAAUAGAAAUGUUGCCGCUAACAAAAUGGUUUAACUGCUGCUUUGCAGGUGUAUUAGACGACACAUCCCUCACAAAAAUAUGGGACAAAGUUUGCAGUGGUGCUCCAAAAAUAUUAUCAUUCGUUGCUGUAAUGCUCAUAAUAACAUUAAGGAGGAAUAUACUUAAGGCGAUAAAUGUGGAUGAGGUCCUCAGACAUGUUUCAGAGAUACCUGAGCAGUGUGAAGAAGUAGUGGCAAAUAAAGCGAUAGAGUUAUGGCAAUACUAUGCACAGCCACACUACCUGUGCGACUUCGUUAUCAACUCUACCCAUUGAUUUGUCUUUGCCAGCUCGUUGUUUUAAUACCUCUCUGUGGAGCAUAAAAAAGCCCAAAAACUGAGGGCUCCCUUUAUUAUAUAAUAAUGUCUGUUUACUUUUGAGUAGGUACUCACAUAUUAUGCUUAGCUUAGUAAGAGGUUGGCCAUUGAGACUUGUAUUAAGUAAAUGUGUACAUAGUAUUGAAUAAUUAAUUUAACAAUUU